CAGACACAGUGAUAAAUGCAUAGAGGUUUUCCUAAUUUCUAGAUCUGUUCCACAUUACUUCCUAAUGGAAAGAGGUCUGAUGGGAAAAGAGCUGGCGUGAUAUGCCUUGAUUUAUGAUUUCAUCCUUUUUCUUCCAAAGAAAGGAUUUGUACUUUUAAUCUCACAGGCCAGCUAAAAUUAGAGACAGACAUGAGGUGCUCCGUGCACAGCUUUGGAUGGCAAGUUUUUUUUUUUUCUUUCUUUCCUGUUCCUGAAGCGGCUCCGACGUUGUCAUCCUUAUAUCAAGCUUUGCUCUCAGUGCCAACUUUUCCUUCCCCCUUCCUCCUCCUCCUUCUCCUAUAUUUGUGUGUAUUCAGAAAGAGCCAGCAUUCGUCGGCUCAGGAACUUCAGUUCCUGGGCGGACCCCACACACUCACACAGCUGGAUUUGAAACAGCUGGGUCUGCCUCCCGUUCCCUUUUAGCGAGGAGCCCCACAAGCCCUGGAUAGGUUGGCUGGCAGAGGAUGAACCGAGUAGCACUGCAAAACUGGGAUUUGAUUGCUGGCAAGAUCCAGAAAAUGGGUUACUGGAGGAGGCUUCCUCAGCUUCUGCUACUGCUGCUUCAGCUCCCAUGCACCAACCGAGCAGGAAGGAAUGUGAAUAGCAAUGUCUGCAAGUGGUGUGACAAUACAUAUCCCAUCUGUGAAAAUCAGGUGUGCUACAGCAACUGUGAUUUUAGCUCCUAUUGUGAAAAAUCAGAAGAAAUCUGUGUUUCUUUAUGGAAACAAGUCAAUGCCAGUAUAAAAGUGAACACUUUCUGCCACAACCCACAACUGCCAGUGGAAAAUAUCAUGAUAUCGAAGUAUAACACAUCACAGUGCAUCAUGGCCCGGCAGCAGAAUGAGGACGGCGUUUUUUACAUCUGUGGUUGUGUGAAAGAACAGGAAUGCAAUGACAAGCUUGUCUUUGAAAAUCAUACCAAUGGAUACUCCAUGCUCCAUAGCAGGGAAAUCAUUCCUGUAGCAGCCAUCAGCCUGCUGCCCCCGCUGUUGGUGGCAAUCAUGAUCACCGUGAUAUUCUACCUCUGCCGAACUCAUCGGCAGAGGAGACGAUCCAAGGAGUGGGCCCAGAAACAUACUCGGUGCAGUGAGCUGCCUGAAUCCCGCAGAGCCACCACUUAUGACGAGAUCCUGUCUGUCAAGAUAGAUCAUCAUUCUGCUCUCCACCCGGCCUGUGCCAGCAGCCUCAACCACAUCAACGAACUCCUGCCGGUUGAGUUGGACGAAAGAGUGGGGAAAGGGCAAUUUGCAGAAGUCUGGAAAGCCAAACUGAAGCAUGCCUCUUCAGGCAAGUAUGAGAUGGUGGCCGUGAAGAUUUUCCCUUGUGAGGAAUUUGCAUCCUGGAAAAAUGAAAGCCAGAUCUUCGCGGAUGCCAACCUGAAGCACUGCAGCAUCCUUCGGUUCCUUUCUGCAGAGGAGAGACACUCUGGACUUCAGAAAGAAUACUGGCUGAUCACCGCCUAUCACAGCCAAGGCAAUCUUAAGGAUUACCUGUCCAGGAAUAUUCUCAGCUGGAGAAACUUGCAAAAGAUGGCAGGUUCCCUCGUGAGUGGUGUGGCCUACUUGCACAGUGACUACACUCCCGGUGGCAGUCCCAAAAUUCCCAUUGCCCACCGCGAUAUCAAAAGCACAAAUGUUCUCAUUAAGAACCAACAAGAAUGUGUGCUGUGUGAUUUCGGAAUUGCUCUGAGACUGGAUCCAUCUUUAAGCGUGGAAGAUUUUGCGAAUAGUGGACAGGUGGGUACUGCCAGAUACAUGGCUCCUGAGGUUUUGGAAUCCAGAGUGAACCUUGAAGAUCUGGAAUCCUUUAAGCAAAUGGAUGUCUAUUCUAUGGCUCUGGUUUUAUGGGAGAUAGCCUCCAGGUGUGAUGCUAUAGGAGAGGUGAAGAAUUAUGAACCACCCUUUGGAUCAAAGGUUCGAGAGCGACCUUGCAUGGAAGUUAUGAGAGACAUUGUGCUGUAUGGUCGAGAACGACCAGAGAUUCCAACUAACUGGUUGGUGCAUCAGGGAAUGCAUUUUCUGUGUGACACCAUCACAGAAUGCUGGGAUCAUGACCCUGAAGCUAGACUUACAGCCCACUGUGUUGCAGAGCGAUUCAACUUGAUGGAGCAAACAGAUUGUGACGACAUUCUCAACAACAACAGCAUCGACAACGAAGCGAACAAAAUGGGUUGUUCAAGAGACGAGAACCAAAAUAAUGACAGGAACAUCCAAUGACUGAGAAAUAAAAGCAGGACAGAACUACCAAUAGGGCAUGUCUUCCAAGAAAUAUAUGCCCCAUUAUUUAGUCUCCUGGACAGAUAAAAUAUAUGUAAGACCCAUUUAUAUUAGAUUAUAUUAAGGUUUCAUUCAGCACAAAAUAUUUAAUCAUUUAAUAUUUUUUUAAAAUGUACAGUGAAAUGCAACAUGAGUCCAAGACUGAGUCACUCUGCUGAUUUCACAUCAGCAGGAUGGAAAGUGGUACUAUGUGGACUACUGCACUGGUAAACCCUGAUGUGUGAAUAAAGACCACUCAUGCUAAGGCAGAUACAUUAAUACACAAGGCAUUUGUUUUUGCAUUUAAAACAUUUUUCUUCUUAAAUAUUCAUCCUUUAAGAUGGUCUAAAUACUGACCCAGUCUAUCGUCUUUCUAAAGAAUACUUUUUUAAAGAUGUUAACCAAGUAAAAGCUGAAGUUUCUUACUUUUUAAAAACCAAAUUCUUAUCACAGAUUUUUUAAAUAUUUCUAAUAGAUUCAGUUAAUGCACAAAGCCAGAUUACAGCUUGCCUCUGGUUUAAAUAUGACAUGUAAAAACAGCCAUCACAGCUUAUAAGCCAUGAUUUAUGACUUACAUAUAUGGGAACCAUAGCAUAAUGGGUUAAGGAGUGGUUUAAAAAUCACUUAUUGGAAUGUGUUAACUCAGGGGUGUCAAACUGGCAGCCCGCGGGCCGGAUGCGUCACACGCAGGCCACGCCCACCCUGGCUCCGCAAAGACAAAUACAUUGAGAUGUCACAUGACAUGAUCUGACUUUGACACCCGUGUUAACCCAGCAACUUUGCUGUGAAACAUUGUUACAUCAUUUAAAGAAACUGUUAACUAAUAUGAAUCCAAAAUCUAAAUCUGCUAGCUUAAUCCUGAAGUAACUUAUUGUGAAUUUUACUUAGAAACCAUCUUUUCUCCAUCACAGCCAGAAUCCAUAUUUUAACUGAAGAAAAUGUGAAUCACUUGUUCUUUAAUUCUUUUUUUUCCCCCUCUGUAUCUAAGGAGCAUAAACAGAUAAUCAAUUUCAAGCCUGUGGACCUCUAAAUCGGAGUUAGGACUUUUCAGCACAAACAUUCUUCUCAUCCAAGUUCCUUAGUUCUCCUUGUGAAUUCAGGGCAUUUUUGGACCAGUCCUGAUACAAAGCUUGAAUUACAAUUGGAUCCCAUCAUAAAACUCUCUACGUGCACAAGUUUCAGUUAUUUACAUAUAUGUGACUGCGAUGCUUAUGGUAACUGAAAUGAAGUUCUAUUGAAACUGGUGAAACUUAUUUAGGACAAAUCUGUUUAAAAUCAUAAACGGUCUGACCCAUUUUUCCCUUUGAUUGGCCCCUCUCAUUGAAAGUUCACCUAUUCCAGGGCUAGGCAACCUUGGCUCUUUUAUGACUCGUGGACUUCAAUCCCAGAAUUCCUGAGCCACCAUGGCUCAGCUUGGAAACCUCUCCCUUUUCCCUCAGCAUGGCUGGCUCAGGAAUUCUGGGAGUUGAAGUCCAUGAGUCAUAAAAGAGCCAAGGUGGCCUACCCCUGACCUAUUCCAUUGUUACUCAGCAGAACCCUGAAGAUCCUGAAAGCUGAGCGCUUGCUUAUAGUAUAUCGUUCAAUUACCUAGAAUCACCAUAAUCUGACAUGUGAGUUUUAUAAGGGAGGAAGAAGAGAGAUACUAUCAGCAAUUAAAAGCAUUGGAAACUUAGCAUCCACCCUCUACAGCGCCAAGUACAAUCAGCGCCGAUUACUUCGUUAUUAUUAAAACAGAGAAAACAAAAUUUCCUUUUGAUCAUUUUAUUUCCGUCCCUCCCCAUUAAUCACACAUGGUAUCAUACACAACUCACAGUAAGGUUUCAAUGCAUUUCACAAUAAAAAGAAAAAGAAAUACAAGGGAAUAUCAACCUAUAUGCAGCUCAUUCCUCUGAGUUCUUUUUAGCCUUUGUGAAACGUAAGUGUGGUUAUUAAACCACACGUGGGUAGUUAAAUAUACUAAUAUGUCCCUGUGUAUGGAAGAAAAAUAAAAACACUUGACAAACACACAUACACAUACAUUUUCAUGAUGGAAGGGAGGGGCUGUUUUUUGUUGACUAUGGUAUAUACACUGAUUGGAAGACUACAUCAUAAGAAAUAGAAUAAGGCACAACUCUUAGAAAAAUUAAGGUAGCUCAUAGUAAUAAGAAUGAAAGCCAUAAAUCAGUACUAUUCUUAAUUGCCAGCAAUUCUUGGACUUCAAUAAAAUAUUGGUAAUAUAAAAGACAAGGGGUACAUUUACCUGACCAUGGGUUCCUGGUAUCAGAUUGCAUUUGGUUUUGUAUGCACCCCCAUAGCAAAAAAAGCAAGCCUUUUCAGGUACUAUAGAAAAAUUAAAGGUACAGUCCUUCUACUUGAUGGGCACAUACAAAUGCUUGACUUUGAACAGAGAAAUGAAAUUACUCGCCCGGACAGCUCAGAACAUUAACUCUGUUUUGCAGAUGCAAGGAGAGAGAGGGGGGCAGAGAGAUAAAGGAAGUAACCUUUUAUUUAAAAAAAAAAA